AUGGCCACCUUUGAGCGGCUCGAGCUCGAGGUGGACUACAAUGACAAUGUGCUCAAGCAGACCUUCCGUCGCGGACUGGACCUGGCCCUUUGCAAGAAGAUAGACAACAUGCCGGACCGCUUACAGACCAUUGAUGAGUGGAAGGAGACCGCGCUUGACAAGGACGAGGCCAUGCAGGCAGAGUGCGAAGAAGAGAAGGCCUGGCUCGGCAGUUCCUUCCACAAGUUGGCCGCGCCCCAAGCGCCCAAGAAGGACGUGUCAUCUGCUACCCCAGUGCAGCCGAUCGUCUGGGUCCAGGCAUAUACAAAGCUCACCGAGGCGGAGAAGGACCGCCUCAUUGCGUCCAACGGGUGUUUCUACUGCGGGCAGGAUGGCCAUAUGGUGGAGAACUGCCCCAACCGGAAGAAGAGGUCGGAGAAGGGAGACUCGGAGUUACUCGCGCGGCUGCUUGUGCUGGGAGCGGAGGAGAAGGCAAAGCUCAAGGAGAGCUUGAAGAAUUUUUAG